UUUAUAACGAAGGAAUUUGUACCAAUCAAACUAUAUAAAGCCAUUUGUGCACACCCAGCAAUGUGUUCUCUUCAGAAAUGCCAAACCCAGUUCAGGAAUUCGAAAAUUACUUCAACACAUGGGUUCAACGCCAAGAGAAAUUCCUAACCCAGCUCCAAAUCGCAGUUUCACCGGAAAAUAUACACAAAAUCGAUGAACACAGAGGGUUAAUCCGACAAGUCUUUGAUCAUUAUCACAACUACUACCAAGAGAAGUCAAAUGCCUCUAGAGAUGACGUCUUCCUCUUCUUAUCCCUUCCGUGGUACUCUUCCUUCGAAAGAUCGUUACUCUGGUUCAGUGAGUUUAAGCCGUCGACACUGUUUGCUUUAGUGAAGGUUUCAGUGAGGGACUCGACGGAGGAACAGGUGAGGAAAUUGGAGGGGGCGAAAUCCGAGACGCAGAGAGAGGAGCGUGAGAUUAACGAAUCGAUGGCGAAGCUUCAAGAACGGGUGGCGACACCGCCGAUUCUUGACGUCGCGAGGCGGUUCGGGAGAUCAGUUGACGCAGAAGUUAUUGAAUCGGAGGAGGAUUUGGAGGGUUUGAAGGCGCUGAUGCUGACAAUUAUCGAUGAUGCUGACUUGCUUCGUGGAUCGACUGUCCGGAAGGUUUCGAAGAUUCUGUGUCCGAUUCAAACAUUACGGUGGCUACUGGCGGCGGUUGAGUUUCAAUUGCGAGUGAGGAGGUGGGGACAGCAGAGGGAUGGACAAAUAAUGACCGUUGAUCGAAAUCUCCAAUCAACGGCUUAGAUUCUGUAUACCAGUUAAGCUUUAGAAGUUUUUCGGUGUUCCAAGCCCAAUGUUAUUGGGCCUAAUGGCUCUUGUUUUAGGAGAAAAUCUUCAGUGGUUUGUGCGCAUCACGUCAUGGGCCUAAAAUUGUAUGCUCAAUUCAUAGUUAUCGAUAUUUGCAAAACUGGGCAGAAACGAGAUUCCAAGGUUUUGAACUUUGGAGCAAUAUACAAAGAUAACAAAGUAUGUUUCUUCAAGUUCAAGUUUAUGUUAUCUCAAAAAAAUAAAAAAAGGUUGAUCUUGUAGU